GUGUUUGUACAUUUAGGCUGAGUCUCAAAUUUGUAACCCUGAGAGCAGGAGGAAUAAGACUUCAAGAGACAGACAGACAGACAGACAGAAAGACAGGAAAAACUCAGUCAUCAUGUUGAUUCUCCUAGCUGCCAUCUUUGCCAUUCACAUCAUCGGCAUCAUCCUCCUCCUGGUGGCAACCAUUGACAAUGCCUGGUGGAUGAGUGAGACUGUAUCCACUGAUAUCUGGGCCCGGUGGAUAUAUGCAAAGGGAGUGUGGAACUACACCGAUCUCCCCGAAAUCAGCUCCUACCCUCAGGAUUACCUCCAAGCAGUGCAGGCCAGCUCGGUGCUAGCUUGUAUAUUCUCCAUCCUGGGCAUCUUUGUGUUCGUGGCUCAGCUCUUCACCCUGGCCAAAGGACAGCGGUUCACCCUCUCCGGCAUCUUCCAGCUCCUUGCCUGCCUCUGCAUCAUGAUCGCUGCCUCCAUCUACACAGACCGCUUCCACUUAAAUGAGAAAGACGGCUGGUACGGCCACUCCUUCAUCCUGGCAUGGAUCUCCUUCGCUCUCACGUUCAUCUCCUCCAUCACCUACUUUGUCCUACGCAAGAAGACCGCCGACUAGAAGCGGCUCCAAUCAGCCCAAACCAGAACCCCCCCCAAAAAACCCAAAAUCAAAUAAAAAUCACUGGCUGGAUCUGCUCUUUCAGCUGAAAUCUGGUUUUGUUUACCUGGUGAACACGGCAAGCUCUGAAUGGCAUUUUUUUUUUUUUUUAAAUAUUUGCCUAUUUUGGAUAGCCUGCCACAUUGUUGAGGAAAAAUCUGAUUUAAGCUGCAGGUGCAAAUUCAGCCAUAGAUAUAGCAGCCAUGGGUUUAAGUCUCAAAUACUCGGGGUGUUUGUUUGAGCCUGCUGCCAGCUAGUCGGGGCUUCACACUGUUUGAUUAUCUCUGUAGUGAAAAAGGCAAGCCCAAUCAAUCACAGGUGUAUUUGAGCUGUAUAACCCAGAGUUUGGGCUGGAUUUCUUGAAGGCAUCACAGCACUGAGAGUAUUUUUGUUAUUCACGGAACGAAGAUAAACUUAGUGCUUGCGCGGUGCUCGGUUAAAUUAAGACCUAGAAAGGUCUCUGGCUUAAACCUAAAGCAGGUUCAACAAGGCUGUGGUCUUUUUUGUUGUUGUUGUUGUUGUUUUCUUGUAUAUUGUUUUGUUGUGCACAUUUAGGUAUGGAUAUGAGUGUCGGGUAAAAAGGGGGAGAGUUUAUUGUGUUUGUAUUUGUUAUUUUUCAUUAUUUUAUUGUUAUUCCAUGACUUUUAUUUCAUAUAUCUGCCCUGGUCUUAUAAAUGUAAAUGUCACUAAUUAAACAGAGUGUACGUUGUGAUCGCAUAGGGUGAUAAAGUACUGACCUGUGAACAGUCCUCAAAUACAAACGCUGCGUGUAGAUGUGUGUGUUAACUAAAGAUAAGCUUAUGUAAUGAUAUAGUGUGAAAUCAACAGUAUAAAAUGACUGAGACUGUUUUGUUAACUAAUUGGCUUUAGGUGAGAUACCAAAUGGGUUACACUUCACAAAUACAAUGACAAAUUAUGCUGAAUAUUGAACACUGUAAUGACUCCCAACCACCUGUUGAAGUGACACCUGAUAUAAAGUGGAACCUCAUUUUCUUAAGAGAACUUUUAUUUUUUUGAGGUUAGUGGAAUUUUGAAAGACUUUCAUAGCCUCUUUAUGUUUUUAAGGGGACAUAAGAGGGCGUUGAGCCUGUAAUUCAUUUGAUUCCAUGGAUUAAUCACUGCACCCUCUUAACAUUGAAAAUGUUCAGAAAUUAUUUAACAGAGGAAUGAGCUCUAAAGCAGUAAGAAUAAGACUAAUUAGAGUCCAGCUCUGCCUAUGCACAGAAAAUGAUUUCAGAGACAAUCAUUACUGGCUCUGAAUCACACCCAGCUAUAUAUAAAACUUCACAUUUUUGUCAUCGGCACAAUAAGAACUAAUGCAACUAAUCAAAUGUCUUGUAAAACUGUAAAUCCAGCUAUAAUAUACAUCACACCUUCACACCUCUUUCAAUUAACACUAUCUGUUCACAAAAUCAAGAUGAAACUUUCACGCAAAGUGACAGAAAGACAAGUGCCUCGACUCUCAAAGCGUGAACCAUGAUGUGUAAAUAUAUUUUGUUUCCAAUAAUGCUCUGUAUGUCUAAUGCUGUUUUAUUUUUGUUACUGUUAUUUCUCAUUACAGAUGCCAACGAUGAUGAUUUGUAUUAUAUUAAAACUUGAUUUAAAUUCAAUUA